AUGUCGGCGGGUGUGGUGAACCUGCAGGCGCAGGUGGAGUCGGUGCUGGGAGCGCUGGUGAAGGCGGCCUCGGUGGAGCUGGUCGAGCUGUUCGAGAGAAGAUACCGAGCCUCGGCUGCGUAUGUGGGCCACCCCGGGGGAGGGGCAGCGGAGCACGGCAGAGCCUUUGAGAGUCUGCUCGGUGUGUCUGUGGGGGACAGAAAACGCAGCAUCGGCGUCCAGGUGGAGGAGGACAUCUGUCUCCCGCUGGACCUCGACUCCACUUUUCUCCAGUGUCUGGGUGAUUCCAGUGAGGUGGUGGAGGGGUGUCUCAUCACUUGCCCAGAGUCCUUCCUGGCUGAAGAUCCCCUUCAUGCUGACCCUGAGUGGGGGCCUCAGGUCUGUGACAUAUCCCCUGGGCGUAACUCACCAGUGGAGCUGGAAAUCGUAGCAGACUCUGUGGAUCCAGGGGCGUCCAGCGUCCUUGAGCUGCAGUUUCCAGCUGCUCAGGCUGAAGUGAAUGAGAUGGCUCCUGAGACGUUGAGGUACCUGUCAACCCAAAGCUGUCUUGCUGAACAGAACUUCCUUGUGGUUAAACCAGAACCAAGGGAUUCCUCUGAGGAUGAGGUAAAGUCUGUUCCUCCGUUAAUCCUUAAACCUGACUCAUUGGUUCCCAAAGUGGACAAGUCAGAGGAACCUGGUAAGGCUGAACCUCAGCAGGCCUGUGUCAGCACCGCCAAGGGCAGCGCUUAUAGUCCGUCCCCAUCAGAUGGAGCGGUGACUCCCGGGCAGGCCGAGGUGUGGGAGUGGAUCCACACGCCCAAAGAGACCAAGAACCUCCUCCAGAUGAAACUGAAACUCACGUCUAAAGAUCAGAAGCUGCUGCAACCGUGUGCUGUGCAGUUGGUGGAUGUGCUUGCAGUCCCAGAGUCGGAGAUAAAGACCGAAGGUAAACCUGGAAAAACUCAACAAGUCCACCCUGGUGAAGGCUGGCCUCUACCCAAAGACCUCCGUCGACAUCAGGGUCCACACACAGGCCAUCGCCUCUGCUGCUUCACCCAGUGUGGAAACGGCGUCUGGCGCCUCCAGAAGAUCGUCACCCAUUCCCGGGACGGCUACGUCUGCAACAUCUGCAAGAAAGCCUUCAAACGAAGGAAGAUUCUACGUCGGCACGAGCGCUUCCACACCGGAGAGAAGCCGUACCCGUGUUCAAUGUGCUCCAAGACGUUUGCCCUGAGGAAGAGCCUCCGGCGCCACAUGAGGUUCCACACGGGCGAGAGGCCGCACACCUGCUCGCACUGCGGAAAAAGCUUCCGCCUGCGAGACAACCUGAAGGCCCACCUGAGGUUUCACUCGGGAGAGAAACCUUUCACCUGCGACACGUGUGGAAAGAUGUUCAGGAUCCUGAGGAACCUGGAGAAACACAAAACGAGCCAGUGUGAUUUCUUUCUUCCUUCAUUCAGAGCCAUUGCUGGACUACAGCUGUGAUGGGGAGAAAAACCAGCCUUCAGUGGCAAAACCAGUCUACCUCAGAGAAAAAACACUGAAUCACUCGGUCCUGGAAACCGACAUCAGAAAACCUAAAACUACAACUGAGACGAAAGCUACAAUCCAUUCAAAGAUCGUUGGUAAUCCGCAGGGCAACAACUGAGGCUGCAUGUCCUGAUGCAUGCUCAAUAAU